AUGUCAGUUGAAAAAUCAGGUGCUGCACACAUCGAAGACUUGGAAGAUCCAAAAGCCAACACUUCCCACAUCGAGGUAGGAAGUUACUUGAAAAAGUCCGAUACCGAGUUGGGCUCAGCUGAAAUUGAAGAAGAGCCCUAUUAUGUUGACUUGCCAGAAUCAUUGCAAGACUUGACCCAAGAGGAGUUGAAACAGUUGGACAAAAAGACAACCAAGAAAAUUGACAUGAGAUUGAUGCCAAUGUUGAUCUUCAUUUAUAUCUUGAACUAUAUCGAUCGUAAUAAUAUCGCUAGUGCGAGAUUGGGUGUGCCGUCCAAUAUGUUGUUGAAUAGAUUGGGCCGUCCUUCCGCUUAUUUGGCAGUCGUCAUGACCAUUUGGGGUGCCAUCUCGACGUGUACUGCUGCUGUUCAAAGCUUUGGCGGAUUGGUCGCCAUUCGUGUUUUGCUUGGAGUGGUGGAAUCUGCAUUCUUUUGCAGUGCAUUGAUGAUCUUGUCUUCGUGGUACGACAAAAAAACCUUGGCAUCGAGGAACUCAAUCUUAUAUGCUGGUUCAUUGAUUAGUUCCGCUUUCAGUGGUUUAUUGGCUGCUGGUAUUUUGAAUAUGGAUGGGUUAGGAGGAGUUGAAGGAUGGAGGUAUUUGUUCAUAAUUGAAGGUGGUAUCACUGUUUUGACUGUUCCAUUUGCAUACUUUGUUUUACCUGAUACUCCACACAACACAAAGUUUUUAAGUCAACAAGAGAAGGACAUCAUUCAGUGGAAAUUGAAGAGAGAUUUGGGAAAUGUUGAUGAUACUGACGUGGAAGCCAAAGUUAGUGAUUGGGAAGGUCUCAAAUUGGCAGUUAUGGAUAUCAAGAUGUGGAUGCUUUGUGGUAUGCACAGUUUCUUGGUGGCUGCUUGUGGUGUGACCAAUUUCUUCCCCACCAUUGUUGGUACUUUGAACUUCAACCAUACUAUUACCUUGUGUUUGACUGCUCCACCUUAUAUUGUUGCUGUUGUCGUCACCUAUUUUUGGGCAAGACAUGCUGACAAGACUGGAGAAAGAACCUUCCACAUCAUUAUCCCAAUGGUGUUUGCCUUAGUGGCGUUUAUCAUUGCGGUUGCUACUUUAAAUACAGGUGCAAGAUAUUUCUCCAUGAUUUUGAUGAUUCCAAGUCUAUACUCCGCAUUCGUUGUCAUAUUGACCUGGAUUUCCAACUCAUGUCCUCGACCACCAGCCAAGAGAGCGGUUGCUAUUGCUUUGGUCAACUGUUUGAGUAAUUCCACCUCCAUUUGGAAUUCUUAUCUUUAUCCUUCAAGUGAUGGACCUCGUUACGUCAAGGCCAUGAGUUGCAACAUUGCCUUUAUUGUGUUGGCUAUUCUCUUUGUGAUUAUGUUGAGAAUCAGGUUGAUGGUGUUGAACAAAAAGAUUGAGAGAGGAACUAUGGACUGGCAAAAGGAGUUGGGUAAAGGUAAUGAUGGGUCAAAGAUCUCACCCGAUUUUAGAUACUUGUAUUAG